UAAUAGUAUACGCUUGUAAAAAACUGAAGCAGGAUAUGUUUAAAUCUAUCCAACUGAUCAGGGAAAUUAUCGAUCCCUAAGGACUGGUACAUGCGCAUGAACUAUACACAUGCGCUUUAUAGCAAUUUAGGAGUGAGAACGGUGGUAAACCAAAGAAUCUUUAACCAAAACAAACAUGGGCACGCAGUAGUAAUAGAGAGCGUCUUCCUUACUUUCUUACUAUAUACAUAUAUUGUACAUUUUUAAGAUCGCACAAAGAUGAGCCCAGGAUUGGGUCACGAUCCUUUGCCUUCGUAUAACGUCACAGCGAUAGGUAAUACCGCACUGUGCCUAUGGCAACAGCCACAACACAUAUUGUUCCAAUUAGCGAAUUUCUGCUUUGCACUCUCUUACUCGGCACCGUCUUCGAAGAAGGGUAUAUUGUUUAUGCACUCCGUUUUAAUCGUUGGUUUCAUGUUAUUGUCCGGAUGGGCAUGGCACGUGAUCUGUGCACCAGAUAUCUUUUCCUGGAACUUUACCUUCUUAUUGUUGAAUAUUGGACAGUUGGUUUAUAUUGUUUAUCAGAUGAGACCUGUCAGGUUCGAUCCUGAAUUGGAAGAAGUCUAUCACACACUUUUCUAUCCGUUUAAAGUAUCAAGAGCGCAAUUUAAAAGACUAGUAUCUCCAGAGCUCGCAACAGUGAUGUCCCUUCAUACUGGCGAAGCGUAUGCAAUGCAAAACUUAACUAAAACGGACAGGCUGGGUCUAUUGCUCAGUGGUAGGGUCAACGUUCUUAGUGACACCAACUUUUUACAUCCGAUUCUACCCUGUGAAUUCUUAGACUCGCCAGAAUUCGAGAGUUCUAGAGCAUCCAGAGAUGAUAAAUUUAAGGUCUCGAUAGUUGCAGCUAAUUCUUGUAGAUACGUUUAUUGGCAAAGAUCGGCCUUAGAAUAUCUCCUUGUUAAAGAAGCUUAUCUCGCAACGGUCUUAACGACUUUAGUUGCAAGAGACAUUGCAACAAAAUUAUAUGCAAUGAACAAUAAGAUAGUUACAGAAAAAGGCUCGCAUUUGGAUAUUCGAUUACCUACUAUUAACGCUGGAAUAGGACUCAGUGGUGAUCAUAGAAGUCCUCGAACAAAUAGACAAACUUUGAUACAUAGAAAAGAUACCAGCCUUACGUCCAACAAUGUGGCUGGUGCUAAACCAAAAGAAAGAAUGACGAACAAUUUAACUAAAAAGGGUGCGCCUAACAUGGAACCCCUGCCGGAAUUACCGUCCUGCGAUGAUCUCGCUUCGAGUGGUGUAGAAAGUUGGUUGGAUUCGUCCAGCAAAUAUCAUAGUUGUGAAAUUGUUGAUGAGGAGUGACGGUACGCUUAUCAUGCAAGCUACCAUUGUCCAAUGGACGAGCAAAAAUGCAUCGAACCUAAUUGUCUCCUUUACGAGAUGAUCACGCGGGAGGUUUAACGACGUUGAUCGAAGGAGGAGAAGGAUGGAGGAAUACAUUAUAGUAUAUAAACAUAAAAAAAUGAGAAGAAAAAAAAGAGAUAGGAGUACGACAGAAGACUGCAAAUUUUUUCAAUUACCAGGUAGAAGUUAACUUUGUCACGUUGCGUAAAAAUAUGCACCAAACUAAUUUAUAACUUGGGAAUGGAUAUUCAACCAAUCUAUGAUGAUUGGAAACGUGAUAUUACGUUUGUAAUGAAAUCGGAAAAUGUAAAAAUAAUUAAUAACUCAUCGACGGGCGUUGCAAUUGUUUUGCUGUGUGCUUUUAGAUAGAGAGAAAGAAGUUAUAUAUAUACAUAUAUAUAUGUAUGUAUGUAUGAUGUAUGUAUGUAUAUGUGUAUGUGUAUGUAUGUAUAUAUACACACAUAUUAUAUAUCCAGUUGUGGCAGCACACAAUGGGAUGGUCAAUGUUAAGAAAGAACGAGAGAUACGUGCUAUGUGAUUAAAUUGCGCGACGAACGAGCUCACCGGUAGCAAUAAAUAAUUUAACAAAUUCAUACGGUCUCUUGUGGUUAAUAUAUGCCGAUCGAUCGAUCGGUUCGUUUUUGGUCUACACGGUAUAGUAUCUAUAAUACAUCGUUUUGUUGUAAUAAACGGUUUAAAUAAUAA